AUGAAUCAAGACUGGCGAGCAGCAGCUGCAGCACCUACUCAAGCAGCACCCAGCCAAGCGGCACCAAGCCAAGCGGCACCAAGUCAAGCAAGCACAAGACGCGGAGCGGCAAGAAGACAGCAAGACGGCUGGAUCGACACCGAGGAUUGCGUCCGCUCUGCUUAUACAAAAGAGGCAUUCACCAAGGGCGAGAUAAUAUCGCUCCCUUUUCAUGUUCCGAACACCAACAAAGACGUGCAACCGAACGAUGUGGCGCUGACAAGAACGGCCGAAGGUCCGGUGUAUAGCAAACGUCGCAUGGCCGUCGUGCUUUGGAAACACAAGACUGACAUGUUCUGCUUACCAUUCUUUAGCUUCGGUGCCAGAGGAAUCACCGCAAAGCCCGUCCAAUUGCGAGACGAGUAUGUGGAGAUCACGAACCAAGGCGAAGGCGCUUCUCAUCGCACCGAGGGUGUACGCAAGGUACUCGAAGCCGCCAUGGUUAACACUUUGAAGACCAAGAACGGCGUGGUGCACAUCACCGGCGGGUUCAGAGUAUCCUACCAAGACGACAUUGCCAAACUCGGCAGGUUGACAGAUGAAAGCAGAGCGAGGCUCACCGAGAUGUGGAUUGAGCUCAACAAUACGGCCCAGGCAGAACUGUAUUGA